AUGGAAAAGAUUCUUGUAAUUUUACAAGAGGGCAAUUCCCCACUUGAAUGGGUCCCGCUUCAUGCAUCCGAUAUGGCUAAGUAUAUUGGCGUCCUGAAUCAUUGGCUCAACAAGAAUGAUGAUGGCUCCUACAGCUUUACAAGCUCAGAAGCUAUGCGGGAUAUUCAUAAGGAAUUGUCGGAUCGCCCUCAUUUCCUUGACGAGCAUUUCAAAAAGGAAAAGCAAAUCUAUGUUAAAUACGGAGUUUUACGACCACCAGAAAAGAUUCUUAUGUCUCGUGAGCCGAGAUUAUCAGGGCUUAUCAAAACUCCAUCCAAGUCAACUGAGCUACGUAAAUAUAUCGAGAAAAACUGGAAGUUCACCCCAACCAUGAUGGACUCCGAUUGGUAUGAUGAUAUGCAAAGAAGGAACCGGUCCGAAGAGUUUGAUUGGGGCAAUGACCCUUUCGAGGCUGUCCUCCAGUUCGAGGCUUUUCACAAGAGGAGAAAACCUUCAAGCCUAUUCGAUCAUGUGGCUCCGUUCUUCCAAGACGCAGCAGAUGCACUCAAGAAGUUGAAGGGAAGAUUCCAUGUUGAAGUUCUCUGCGGGGACAUUAUCGACAUAUCCGAAUGGUUCCGAUUUGGCACUUCGCCCACCAGAUUUCCACGAUCAAAGGAGUUUCCCACAGAGUUUGAUGGUAUUCACCUGAGUAACAUUCCUGAUUAUAUUGGUGGUAAUUUAUCUACCUUUCUAUACAUUGCUCCGCUUUUGAAGAAAGAGGCAACCAGUUUUGUGCGAUCCAAUUGUUUGCGUAAUCCAGGAAACUGGAAAUCAAUAGAGGCAUUUUUUGCACAUUAUCAAUGCAUCACAAACAAGACUAUGCUAAAACAACUCACUGGUGUGGAAGUCAUGCCUCGACCUUUCAAGUGGGCAAUGUUUCCUUUAAUUGAAUACACCUUCUGCAGCCACGCUCAACCAAUAUCAGAAGACGACUGGUCGGCUUUACUUGCAUUGCCUUACAACGUCAACAUCUUCAAUCUUAACACAGUCAUCUUCUCGCCUCUCAAUCUCACCAUCCUCUUUCGUUUAAUGGAUCAACUUCACUCGCGUCAUUAUCCAUCUCAUUGGAUGUCAGAAAUACUUUCGAACAUCAUCGAAAAUGAAGUUGUCAGUAGCUGUCGUCCUCCAAGAAUGACGCCAACAUCUGUUUCGGCAUUGGAAAAGCAGCACAAGACCAGAAACCUCUGCACCGCUCCGUUCUCACACGAAAUGGCAACUCUCACACAAAUGUUUAUGCCGCUACUCCCUUUUAGUCUGGAAUCAUCGGCUAUCCCGGCACAGAAUGAUAUCUAUAGAUAUACCUUUCCAUUUCCUAGCGUAAUCAGUCAUCAAGAGUUGCCAAACACCCUCAUACUCGUAUUCUGGAGUCUCAAAUAUUUCAUGGACUUAGGCGAGAUGGGUAGCCGGUCGUUCAUCAAUGAUCUGCGUCCUUUAUUGGAUCCUACGUGGGGAGAUGAAAUGGAUAGCCGGUUCAGGGGCUCAAAAUCCGAUACUUUUAGAGAGAAAGGAUUGAUUGUAUGGAGUACUCUGGAGUGGGAUGUUGAAGCACAAGAAGCAACUGCUUGGAUGCCUUGUACGCUGGUCAAUAGAAUGAUUAGGCAGGGAGAUUGGAAUUGUGGCUUGUUCAGAACUGACACAUGGCAAAGAUGUUGGCAAAAGCCGCUGAUGAUGAAGGAUGUACGGAGAGACGAGGUUUGGGAAGAAUGA